AAGGAAAGGAAGCUGAAGGGUCGGAGCUGCAGCCAGAAUGUGGAUUGUAUAAAUGUAAAUAAAUAUAAGCAGGAUGAUUCCAGCGUGUGCUUCAGUAGUGAGGAGUGUGAUUAUUACUAGAGGAGCUCAUAACCUGCCCAGACUGCUACCGACAGCAUGUCUGUCUUCAUACUCUAACGGCAACAUGCCGUGCUCAGUGGUGACACAAACGGACGCUUCUCCUCUGAAGAAGAAGAGGACGGAGGAAAUGAAUGGAAGUGCGAAUAUUAUGUUAAAAUUCGCCAAACUGACGGAAAACGCUACAGCACCGACCAGAGGAUCCGUUAAAGCCGCUGGAUACGAUCUCUACAGUGCGUACGAUUACUCCAUUCCUCCGAUGGACAAGGCCGUUGUGAAGACUGAUAUCCAGAUCGCGGUUCCCCGUGGCUGCUAUGGACGAGUGGCGCCUCGCUCCGGUCUGGCAGCCAAGCACUUUAUCGAUGUUGGAGCCGGUGUCGUGGAUGAGGAUUACAGAGGGAAUCUCGGUGUCGUGCUGUUUAACUUCGGCAAGGAGACCUUUAAAGUGAAGAAAGGAGACCGAGUAGCUCAGCUGGUGUGUGAGAGAAUCUGUUACCCUGAUCUGCAGGAGUUGGAGACACUAGAUGAGACGGAUAGAGGAACUGGAGGAUUCGGCUCCACUGGAACAAACUAAUUAUUUAUUAAUGUUGUUUUAUGAUUAUUUUUCUAAUAAAAUGAAUGAAUCUGAAA